UCCCGGCACAUGUUGACGCUCGUAAAGUGAGCGGGGGAAGAGCGCCAGCGAGGAAGAAAGCGCAAGCAAACGCACACGCAAGGCGGCACAAGCUAAAGGCAACGCACGGCCGGCUGGAGUUGACGUGCGGAUGCGAGUGCGACCGAGUUGAGACCGGUCGCCCAAAUGCUACUCGGCUCACCCUGCACGGCUCACUGACGGAAAGAAGUCGGAGGCGAAACCCAGCUACUAUUGUUGUGUUUUGUAUCGUGAAAGCACCGAGUGGAGGAGAUGCAGUCCCAGGGCAGCACGUCGUCCCAACCCUCCUUGGACUCACUCAGCUCCAGCGACAGCCUCCUCUUCAGCGACUCUGACGACGCCGACGUCUUCCUGACCGACGCCUCUUCCUCGGCCCUCCUGGAGGCAGCGGUGGCGGCGGCGGGUCCGAUGGCAAGGGGUCCGGCGGCGGCCAACGCCCGCGCCGGCCGGGCCGCUAACAGCCCCGCCUCGCAGUGGGCCUGUGACGGCUACGCCGACAAAGAGCAAGAGGAGGACGGCGCCUCGCCGGCCCAGAAUCCUAAGUCGCAGGGCGACCUGCUGUUUGCUCAGAAGUGUGCUGAGCUUCAGGGUUUCGUCAGGCCCCUGCUGGAGCUGCUCAACGGCCUCAAGAAGGGCCGAUUUGACCGUGGUCUGAGUAGUUUUCAGCAGAGCGUCGCCAUGGAUCGCAUCCAGCGGAUUGUGGGGGUCUUGCAGAAACCAAACAGCGGGGAGCGCUACCUCAACACGCUUCUCCAAGUGGAGAUGAUGCUGAAGCUGUGGUUUCCUCAGAUCGCCGCCCUCCCGCCGUCAUCUGCCGCUGCCGCCACUUCACCCGCCUGCCCCGCAGCGGACCCCACGCCCCCGCACAAGCACAGGGAUCAGCUCCAUAUCCCGGUGAAGAAACGCCGACUCAGCUGGACAGGAACCGACUCCCCUACGUCCUCUCCAGGCCUCCCCAAGUGCCCUCGCCUUAGUGCGCAAGAGAAGCAUCUUCCAGACGACAGCGAGGAAGAAGAGACACAAACGGAAGCCACGGAAGGAGGCCCCUGCCCCCCACCACCACCACCCCCUCCUCCUCCUCCUCCUCCGUCGUUGUCAUCGCCGCCGCCACACCAAAAUUCUGCAAAGGGAAACGCCAGCGACUCUGACGGUUCGGGCAACCUGUCAGAGUACAAAACGGCUCGUGGUUCUGAGCCCAGCCUCACGUGGGUGCACGUUGCCCCCAUCCUGUCCCCGAGGAAGACGGGCGCGGCAGCGGCGGCCACGCAGGACAGCGCCGUGUCCUCCACCACCACCCCCGAGCACAGCAAGAAUCUCGAGAAAGCCGCACGCUGCCAAAGCCACGCAGCCGCUGCUGACAAGCAAGGAGGUGAAGACCAUCAGGACCCGGGCGCGCCCUCUGAGACCUGAGUGAAUAACGCAGCCAGAGCAAAAUCAAACGCGUGUUGAUAAUCACAAAUUGUGUCAAAAUGUGCAAAGAAAUCAUGGAGGGGAGUAGCAAGUCAAGUGAAAUCUCAAACAAGAUGACUGAGUGGAGCACUUCCUGUCAGGAGAGGAAGUGGCAGACACCUUUUACAGGUUGUACAUAGCCACAGCAAGAAAAAAAGCAAAUGGCGUUUGUACUUGACUGGACCAGUGAUGCAUUCAAGGAUUUUGGAGACUAUGGGGAGAAAGGAAACGAUGUCAUCAACUCACGAAUGUAAUCGGAGAUCACCGUUAAUUUAUCUGACACUGCAUUUAUUUAUUAUUCUUGGUAUUUAUUUUUCAGGCAAUUGAGGAAAACGCACAGCAAGGGCGUCAACCUUUUUUUUUUACUACAUUGUUGCCACGUGUGUUUUUCUUUUUGAACCGUCGGACUACUGUGCCUUUUACCAAAUAGGAUGUGUUUGGUUUUUUUCUUGUUUUUCAGAAGAAACAAUUGGUGCUGGGAGUGCAUUUCUAUUAUGUUUUGAUUGUUUGCUUUUAAAACAACAAAAAAAGAUAACACAUCUUGACAGUAGUCGCCUGAAACCUUCGUACUUGUAACAUAACAUAACAGCGUCCUGCACACUCAUUAGCCUAAUAGCGUAAAUGCCCAAGUCAUUUUUCAACGUUUUCCAGGAAACAAGAGUUCAAUUUAACCUUUGCCAGCACCACGAAACACUGGUCAUUUUUACUGGGACUUUUGCAGUAAGUUCAAAAUAUUACACAGGUAUUUAUGCUAGUCAGCUAAUGAUUGGUAGCUGACUAGCAAAAACAUUUUGAACAUUACUGUAAAUUUGGUUCAAAUUUUGCAGACGACCAUAACUGACAAUCUACAAAUGCUGACUUUGCCAAUUGCGCUUCGCUAACGAUCUGUUCCAAUUCAUAAACAUGCCUCCAUCUUGUCAGCAGAGGCUAAUCUGCUAGCCUUUUGUUUUUUCCCCUGAUUCCGCCCCAAUUGAGGGAUCGAAGGAGGCGCACUGAAGGCUGAUGCAACUGCAAAACUUGAAAUGAUAGAAAAAUGUAAACAAACUUGUUUCAACUUGCCAGCGGCAAGCAAGCUAGCUAGCGAGCAAGCGCCGCUUCCUUCCUCCUCCUGUGCUGCUAACUCGCAUCGGAACUCCCGAGUCCAAACAUGGAGGAGUAGCGGCGGCCUCGGCGGCGCAAACCAGCAACUCAUGCUAAAGUACUGGAAAUAUUUCCACUCAACUUUCUCAAAUUAUUUCCAUCGAGCCAGCAAGGCGGCCGACAAACGCCUUCCAGUUCAUUUCCGUUGGAUAUUAUUUAGAACUGAUUUUGGUUCAUGUUAUUUUGGGAUUUAUUUUGUUCAUUUUGAUGUUUACAAUUAUUCAUAUUCCCUAUUCAAUGUUUUCUUUUUUUUUAAAUUUUUUAUUUCUUUAUUCUGUCAUUUAAAUUUAUUUUGUUGAAUUCCCUAUUGCGUUGGAGUUUUUUUCCCUUUUUUUUAAACUUUGUUUUAAGUUGCAUUUUAUUUUGUUUUAGAUUACCGUACUUUAGUUUUUUCUUAGUUUUGGGGUUUAUUUUAUUAUGAGUUUGUUUUGUCUGUAUUUUGUCAAAUGUAUUUAUAAUUCAUUUCAGUUCUGUUUUUUUCAAUUUUGUUGAUUUAAUUUGAGUUCUACUUGAUUUUGCUUUUUUAUUCCAUUUGUUUUUAUUGAAAUGUAAACUUGUUUAAUUUUUCGAGUUGUUGAUUUUUGUUUAAUUAUACUAAUUUAGCAUUUUAAUGAAUUGAACUGUAUUUGAAAUCUAUUUCUUUCAAUUUGUUUUAUUUAUUGAGUUACUUUGAAUGGCUCCUUAGGUGGUAGCGUGGCGAGGUGUAUCGCAGGCCUUAUUACGAGAGUCUGACUUAAAAGCUUCCCUGUGUCCAUCACACACUGUUUGGGGGAGCGUUUUGUAUUUUGUGUGUGUAUGGGGGGGUCCACACUUCCACUUUUUUUCUACGGCCAAGGCGUGACCGAAUGAUUGCGCUUAAUUUUUCAUGUACCUUUUCUACGUCAUCUAUGACUGCUUAGGAAACAUUUGGGAAUCUUGUAGCCUUCCUUCCUUACUUCCUUACCUCCUUCCUUCCUUCACUACUGCCAGCUUUACUACUUUGCUUCGCCCCUCCCCCACAGCACUGGGCUACCCUCUCCCCUUUUGUCCUUCAUCUCCCUCAUAUCUGUUAGUUUUCCAGUCUUUGGUUCACCUUCAGUCGAAACUUACUCCAGCUACAUAUUUUUUCUGCGGCCACACACAAAAAAGCAAAGUUUUGGAAUAAAAUGGCAUUUUUCACAGCGAAA